AUGCAUUCGGCGCCGUUGCAAAUCAGGUUACAAGAACUACUCGAUCGCCGACGGACAAACGCAACACUCCGUAAUCUGACAUUACCACUUCAAAAUCAGACCGACUUCUCGUCCAACGAUUUUCUGUCGCUAUCCACUUCGCCACAACUCAAAUCGGAGUACCUUCAAGAGCUGCAAAGAAUUGAUUUGCCAUUGGGUAGCGGCGGGUCAAGACUCCUAGAUGGCAACUCGACGUACGCCGAACAAUUGGAGCAAGAGAUUGCCAACUUCCAUGGAGCUGCAUCUGGACUACUGUUUAACAGUGGUUUUGAUGCAAACGCGGGCUUCUUUGCGAGUGUACCGCAGCCGGGAGACGUGAUAGUCUAUGAUGAGCUUGUACAUGCAAGCGUUCAUGAUGGCAUGAGGUUAUCACGAGCGGGGAAGACGAUUGCUUUUGAACACAACUCCAUAUCCGCCCUAAAGAAUGCUUUGAUAGCGGUUCUUGGUGAGAAUGAGGGUGUGCAAGACAAGAGCUGUAAUGUGUUUGUGGCAUUGGAAUCCAUCUACAGUAUGGACGGGGACGUAUGCCCUUUGAAAGAGAUGGUGGAGGUCGUAGAAGAAGUCUUGGGCCCUGAACGAGGAUACAUCGUCAUCGACGAGGCGCAUUCUACUGGUGUAUUAGGACCAGAGGGUAGAGGUUUGGUAUGUGAGCUAGGCCUCGAGAAACGCAUAUUCGCACGGCUCCACACAUUCGGGAAAGCGGUAGCGGCGAACGGAGGUGAGUUUCCUUCUGUUGCUUACAAUCUGGAAAGAGUGUUGGGCUGCAAGCUCAUCUACAGCAUCUUACCCAGCAUCUCUAUACCAGACUCGGUCAUCUCCAGAAUAAUUCAGACUUAG